ACUGCUCUAUUUUCAGACCCCAAUGCAUGAACUUUGGAUCUCCGGCGGCUUCGUCCCGGUAUAUUGAACGGAGACCGAGGUAUCGGAAAAGUGAAGGUAAAGGAAGAAUGUGGGGCGCCGCUAGAGAUAUGAUGCGGCGGCUUGCAACUGCGAUGGCCGGCGCGCCCGUGGAGCGGCGGGUUUUCGUCGAUCACUGGAUGAAUCAGAAAAGUUUGAAGAAAAGUCUGCCAUACACGUCAAAAGGUUUUUGCACAUAUGAUAGCCAAGCAACUGAAGGCUUUAUUCCACCAGAGUUGUUGAAAGGCAAAAUGAUCUUGACACCAGAUCGUGUUAUAGGAGAAUAUCAAGAUCUAGUAACAAGAGUCACAAAUUUUCACAAUGAGGAUAAAGGUUACAUGGUUCUCGCUGGUGAUGUCUUUGAUGUGCCUAUAAGAAAGGAUAUUGUUCAUAGAGUUGUAAGGUGGCAACUAGCAAAAAGACAGCAGGGGACUCACUCGACAAAAACAAUAUCUGAGGUCAGUGGUACCGGAAAGAAGCCAUACAAGCAAAAGGGAACUGGACGAGCAAGGCAUGGUACACUGCGAGGGCCACAGUUUAGGGGUGGAGCUACCAUGCAUGGACCUAAGCCUAGAAGUCAUGCUAUCAAGCUGCAGAAAAAGGUUCGGCGUUUGGGGUUGAAAGUUGCUUUGACAGCAAGAGCUGCAGAGGGAAAGCUUUUAGUUUUCGAGGAUUUAGCUGUCCCAAGCCAUAAAACAAAGAACAUUGUAAAUUAUAUUGCCCAUAUAGAGAAUGCAAAGAAGGUUUUGUUGGUUGAUGGUGGCAUUAUUGACAACCAAUUGAAGUUGGCUACAAGGAAUCUGCAUUAUGUCAAUGUGCUUCCCUCAAUUGGUUUAAAUGUCUACAGCAUCCUUCAGCAUGACGCACUUGUGAUGACAAGAGAUGCAGUUGACCGGAUCGUCACACGUAUGCACACACCAAUCAAUCGUUGACAAUUGGAUUAAACGACAAUGUCAAUGCAGUCUUAGAAAACUGGAAUAGAGCUUUGGUCACAGGUAUUUAAUGUUAGAAAUUGAUGAAAAUUGCAUGCCAAUUGUAAGUCUGGAUGCACUCACUUGCACUACAGAAAUAUUUGUUUGUGCUUGAGGAAUAAUUAAUUUCAGUUGAGUGUCAGAGUAUCUCUCUUAAUGGAUUAAUGCUGGAAAUUUUUGGAAAGAACAUGCCAAUUUUAAUAAUUUUUUGUUAAAUA